AUCAGACAGUGGAGGGCAUGUCGUCAUUAUCUGCCUCACCCAGCGCGCCAGCCUUUCUCAGCAAGAUGCUCACCAACAGCCCCUCACCCAGGUCCUCACGUCAACUGUCUUCAUUGACUCCUCGCAAGAAGGGGUCUAUUGGUGAUGCUGAUGGAGUCUCCCCGAACAAAGUGGAGAGAAGACGUAGUGAGAAAGAGAAGAAACCAUCCUAUGACAUAGGCACUCUGUUUCACGCUGUUGAACAUCAGGAGUUGGAGCUGGUGAAGGCGAUACUGGAAACAGGCAGUGUUCAAAUCAACAGUCUGAACAGUGAGAACCUGACCCCCCUGGACGUGGCCGUCAUGACUAACAACAUCCCCAUGGCCAAGAUGCUGCUGCAGCACGGAGCCAGAGAAAGUCCACUCUUUGAACGCGGUGAUUGCCGACUAGAUCGACUCGAGAUGCUGGUUGCCGAAGCCGAGAAGAAAGUCGUGGAUCUCACAGCGGUUGUUCUCAACGGCUCAUCGGGAAAUGUCAACAUCUCACCCGCGCAGCAAAAGGAGACGGAGAAUCAACUUGGUGACUGGGAGUAUCGCCAUCGGUUACUCAAAAGAAUGAAGGCGGGAUAUGACCAUGCUAGACCUCCUGACCCUCCCACCAACGUGUGUCUGUGUGUUACCAGCAGUUCGUCUCUUCUAGUCAGUUUUGGAGAACCGCUCAACCACAACGGGUCCGUGGUCACCAAGUAUAAGAUUGAAUGGAGUUUCGUUGAGAACUUCAUGAGUUUGGCAGGGGAGGCAACUCUUGAGGAUGUGAGGCAGCUAGCGUAUGAGAUAAAGCGGCUGCACAAGGGUGAGGCGUACUUCGUGAGAAUGGCUGCAUGGAACAUGAAGGGUUACAGUGAAUACAUGCCAAGCAAUCCACCAUAUGCAGUUCCAUCUAACUGGCGAGACAUUGAAGGGGUGUCGUCUCGUACCGAUGGUAAAGUGCAGUCUCUACAGACUUUGUUUCAGCAGGUCAAGCAGUGUCGGCCAGCUGAUGCCUCGGAAAUCAGAGGUUGGUUUUGUGAUUCACCGCUACAGAGGAAGCGCAUGAGUAUCAAAAAUCUCUUCAUAUCAACUCCAAAAUUCCAGAAAUCCUUAAAACGUGGCGUGUACAUAGCGUGUUUGUUGUACAACGGGGACCGAGUGCUAGUGACGUCGGAGGAACAGCUGCCGAUCGUGGAGGUGGACGAGAACUUCUCCGGAACGUCCAUCCAGUCCGAACUCUACUGGAUCAUGAAGAUUGCCAGUACGUGGGACGACGUGAAGUCACUGCGGCGCGACAUGGACAAGAGCAGCAGUGCCGGCGUCGUUCACUUCCGUAACAAACUUCUACAGGCAGCAUCCCUACUACAGAAUUCUCUGGGUAUCCAUGACCUGGGUCAGUUCUACCACAAGCCCUUGAAGGACUCGAAUGGCAGUAUUGUUCUAGUCACGGUGAACCACGUUCACGACACAAAGUUCAUCGCCCUUGGCUCAAGCAAGUGGGUGUCCAUCGGGAAGCUGGCCCGGCGGCUGUCACUGGCAGGAACAGACACGGGGGUGGCCAGCACCAUGCUCAUACAAAGCAUUCCAGAGAUGAUCGUGCACCAUCAGGUGAGCAGCAUCUCCCUGCCUCAUGGUCUCUACCUCGGCUACCUGAAGCUGCACUGCACUGUGGAGAACAUCAACGUUCUCGUCCAGCAGAAAACACCAAAUGUUCUACCACACGUCAAGGUCCGCGACUGGUCCAACGUGUCCAGAGAAGAAUGGCAAUACAUUCUGAGUUUAAACAGAGAUGAAGCAUGCUCAGUUGACCCACCUCUGAAAGAAUUCCAUGCAGCCAUUGGUAAAGCUUGCAGACGACUCCUGGAUAUGCUAGGUUUGCCUCCAGGCAGUGACCACCGGCUGUAUGACCUGGAAGUGAUUGAGCUGAGUCCGGACAUCUCGUUUAUCCUGGUGCUGCCCCCUGCAGAAGACGUCUUCAUCGUGCCGGGACAGACGGAGGAACUCACUGACAGACACAAUCUGAUAUUCCUACCUGUACAGGUGUUCGAAAUGAUUCACAUGUCAACAUACCAACAAACGUUCAUCACACAUUAUUCUCGACUGUCAUCCAUACUCGAGAUGGACAUUAAUUUGGCUCAGCAGGCUCAAAGACAGGCGUUUUCUCCGGACGAAGUGAGUAUCGCGAAGGACCGUGUUGAUGUGAUGAUUCAGCUACAACAGCACCUCGACAUGUUGUGGAAGAGUGUUCGGUGGGUGAUGGACAUCAUCGCGUUUGCCAGGGAUCGAAACAUGCGUGGUGGGAUCCCCAUUAGCAAACUGAUCUCCUCGGAGACCAGCGACACCCCGGAACUGAGCAGAAAAUCAAAAAUUCACGACAACAACAACUCAUCAUCCACAUCGGCCAUGUGCAAUUCCAAUGAAAUCAGUGUUGGCAAGGACAACCGGAAAAUAGCCAAAUUCUACGACCCUAACGAGGAAACCUCGCCAUCAUCAACCGGACAAGCUGUUGAUUCGGACGCCUCCGCUUCGAGUUCUCAACCGUCGUCGGGGGUUCUGAGGGUUUAUGCAGCGUACGACUGUGGUCUGUCUAAAGGCAUCAGCGUCAAGCUGAACGUGACGUUGAGGACUACAGCGAGAGAUGUGAUAAACCUGGUCGUACGACAGCUCAACAAGGCAGUUGUGACGCGUGGCAAGGAAGGACCGGUUUACAGCGAGGAGGAGUUGGACGAUUUUUGUCUGGUCGCGGUCAUAGGCGCGCGGGAGCGCAUCCUUAGGGACGACUAUCAACCUCUUCAGCUGCAGAACCCGUGGACUAAAGGCAGGCUGUACGUGAGGUUACGGAACAACCUCCUCGCAGCUAUACAGCAGGGCCAUGCCACAGCUGUUUAACCUGUGUGUGUAGGGAUGACUCGUACAUAGGCAUAUCUCUAAUGUUCAUUCAUACAUAGGCAUAUGUGGUGUGGGAGUGCAUCAGUGUCUUCAAAUGGCAGUUUAGCUGUUUAAGUAAAUCUAGUGUUCAUUCAUACAUGGGGAUAACUCUAGUGUUCAUUCAUGCAUAAGGAUAACUAGUGUUCAUUCAUAGAUAGAAAUAUUUCUUGUGUUCAUUCAUACAUAGGGAUAAUUCUGAUGUUCAUUCAUACAUAGGAUAACUAGUGUUCAUUCAUACAUAGGGAUAUCUCUAGUGUUAUUUAUAUAUAAUGAUAACUAGUGUUCAUUCAUGCAUAGGGAUAAUUCUAGUGUUCAUUGAUGCAUAAGGAUAAUUCAAGUAUUCAUUCAUACAUAGAGAUAGCUCUAGUAUUCAUUCAUACAUAGAGAUAGCUCUAGUAUUCAUUCAUACAUAGAGAUAGCUCUAGUAUUCAUUCAUACAUAGGGAUAACUAGCCUUCACUUAUAAAUAGGAAUACUGUAAUUCUAGUGUUCAUUCAUAAAUAGGAAUAAUUCUAGUGUUCAUUCAUAAAUAGGGUUAAUUCUAGUGUUCAUUCAAUAAUAGAUAUAACUAUCAUUUAUACUUUGGCAAUGAGGAGUAAAUGUAAGUGGGGUAAUGGUAUUUUUAUCGUAUGUAUGGAUAACUCUACUGUUCAUAGAUACAUAGGGAUAAUUAAUCUUCAGUCAUGCACAGGGAUAAUACUAGUGUUCAUUCAUGCAUAGGGAUAACUCUAGUAUUCAUUCAUGCAUAGGGAUAACUCUAGUGUUCAUUCAUGCAUAGGGAUAACUCUAGUGUUCAUUCAUGCAUAGGGAUAAAUCUAGUCUUCAUUCUUGCAUAGGGAUAACUCUGGUGUUCAUUCAUGCAUAGCGAUAACUCUGGUGUUCAUUCAUGCAUAGGGAUAACUAGUGUUCAUUCAUGCAUAGGGAUAACUCUAGUGUUCAUUCAUGCAUAGGGAUAACUCUAGUGUUCAUUCAUGCAUAGGGAGAUAUUGUGCGGUGGCACAGUGGCACAGUGAGGGUUUGCUUUGAUGUAUGUAUUGGUAUCUUUUAGUGUCCAUUCGUGUUUGAACAUUUGGGUAAACAUUGUCAACAUUUUCACGUUGAAGAUCAGGAAUAAACUUAAUUGUUGAAUUUGUUGAAGCCAACAUUUUGUCACCACCUCUUCAGAAUAACUCCCAUGCCCCUAUGAUUUCAUACAGUAUAUCAUCUGUAACUCCCAUACCCCUAUGAUUUCAUACAGUAUAUCAUCUGUAACUCCCAUACCCCUAUGAUUUCAUACAGUAUAUCAUCUGUAACUCCUAUGUCCCUGUGUUCAUACAAUAUCAUCUGUAACUCUCAUAUCAUUAUGUCUUCAUACAGUAUCAUCUGUAACUCCUAUGUCCCUGUGUUCAUACAAUAUCAUCUGUAACUCUCAUAUCAUUAUGUCUUCAUACAGUAUCAUCUGUAACUUCCAUAUACCUAUGUGUUCAUACCAAGUCAACUGUAUCCACGUGUGUAUGUAGUAUGAAUGUUUAGAUGACAGUUGGAAGGAAUACUUGUGGGAUGGCUCUGUGAUAGCUAUAACAUAUAUAAUAUCAUGACAAACAACUGCUGUAUAAUGUGUUUUUUUACACAGUGUAUAAAGUUGUCAGCAUUCUAAUAGUUUCAAAGGGAGGUAACCUUUAAUUAGUCUGGUCAUAUGUAAUGUUAUAAGAGCAUUCUGUGAAUGGCUUUUGUGUAUGGUUCCCAUUGACUUGUCGCAGGUGUGUUUUGUUAUUGUAGAUAAACAUGUGUGUAUAUACAGGAAAUGAUCUCAGUAUUCUUAAGGUACAUUAGUGCUAUAAAUAUAUGUAUUUAUUUAGAUUUGUCUACUCUACAAGUGAUAGGGAUUACACUAGUUUAAGAACCGACUAGUGUUAAGUUAUUAUGAAAAAUAGUCCACUUUUAACCUUUUACAUCUAGAGCUUGCAAGAUGAUACAUUUACAUGAUGUAUGGUUCAGAUUUUUUGUUUAAUUCUUUUUAUAUAUAUACAGUCAAACUUCGAUAACUCGAUCUUGAAGGGGACGAGGAAAUAGAGUUUCAGGGAGUUCGAGUUUUCGAAAUUAAUAUGCAAGAAUUCAUAUUUGAAACAGGAAGUAAAUGAUAUAAUGAAUGUUGAUGUAUUUUGCAGAUGUCAAUACAUGGCGGAAGGUAACUAACCAAUAAAACACUGAAUUCCAAAUAACACUCAGUACAUUUGUUUUUCACAAAAUUAUUUUAAAUAAGAAAAAUCAAUAAAAAGCACUAAUCACUAAGCCCUAAAAUCAGGAACUAACAUUUAUAAAAAAGAAACAGCGCUAACAAUCAUUACAAGUGCUCUUUGAAGUUAACCAGACUGUGUCUGUAAUUAUGUAUUAUGUAGCGAGGCUCUCCACAAUAUACGAAGACCGACAACUAAACACAGGAUCAGUUCAUUCUGCUUAGUUGGCGAUCUAUUAUUUUGUAAUUAUCACUGUAAUCCUUGACAGCUCAGACCACCCAAGACAGGCGCGCUUCAUCUGACUGACCUGAUUAACAUAUCAUCGUCUUUAAAAUACUAUUGGCAAUAACAGUUUGAUCAAUCCACAUGUGUCAAGGUUUAGAGGUGCAUAAUCUAUUAAAUUUUUAUGGCGGGACCAAAGAAUUAGGCUGAGAAAUUGAGUUUAUCGAGUGUUCGAAGUUUGAGUUUUUAAAGACCGUUAUUACUAGUUUGUAUAGCAAUUCGGCCGGGACCGUCGCUUCAGGUUGAGAGAUUGAAGGUGGAGUAAUCGAAGUUUGACUGUAUAUUAUAUAAAUCUCAUAUUAUUUUUAAAAGUAUAAUUUAAUUAAUUUAUGAAUAUGACUCUUAUUUAUUAUCAUGUUGAUAUUCAUAAAAUUAAAUGGUCAUUAAAUAUCACAAGAAAGGGAAAUUAUUUCACUUUUGGAUAAAGAAAAUAAUAAAUAAUAUCUUGUUUAUUAUCUUCAGUGAAACUUUUAGGUUAUAAAAUAUUUGCAACACACCAUAGUUCUGGAUUUUAAUUUAAUAAUAUGUGUUAAGCCAUGUUAUAAUUGCAAGCAAAUCCCUCUCAAAUAUGUUUCCAGGCACUCAUGUUUUAUUUUUUAUUUUUUAUUAAUUUUGUUUUAUUAUUACUUUUUUUCUGUUUAAUAUUUCAACUUUCUAAGGAUUCACCCAAACCCUGAAGGUAAACCAUCUUAAUAAUAACCAUAUGUAAACGAACACAACAAAUAACAAAGUUCAACAAAUGUUGCAUAAAGACACUAUAGCCCUCACACAAGCUUUGGCUAGUGCCCUAUGUAUUACAGUAAAAGAUAAUUUCCACUAGCCCAGACCAAAAAUGUACUACCCGGGACUGUGGGCUAGUAGAUUUGUCGAACCCUAAAAUAAUAACUGUACAUUUGUCAUAAAAUCACUUAAAAUAUAUCGUACAUUACUGAUGACUUUUGGAGAAGCUGAUCUUAAAGAGUAGCAAGACAUUGCCCAACUAUUGUGCUCUUCUAUUCGUUUAAAAGGCCAUGUUUUUUCAGUCCUGUUAUGAUAGGAGUAACCUAAAUGGUAGAAGUGGGUUUCUUCUCUUCCUGUACAGACUAAGUGUCACCUUUACAGUCAAACCUGCUCUAGUGACCAUCUGUGUUCAGCAGCCACCUGUGUUAAGAGACCAUAUUUUGAUACUCUAAAUUCAUCUCAUAUAGUAUAAACUGACCUGUAUUAAGCAGCCACCUCUCUUAAAGGGCCAGUUUUGAUACUACCUUUAGUGGCUGCUUAACAUAGCUUUCACUAUACUCUCUUAGACACCUGCUAGUUGUUGAUUAAAAAAUGUGCUGGGGUGUUAAUACUCAAUAUACAUAAUAUAUUCCCUUCUUUUCAGCAUUCAAAUCUCAGCAUCCAGCCAGUGCACCACCACUGGUAUAUCAAAGGCUGUGGUAUGUACUAUCCUGUCUGGGAUGGUGCAUAUAAAAGAUCCCUUGCUGCUGAUUGAAAAGAGUAGCCCAUG